AAGGCGCUGUGCUGGCUGUCCACUCCACACUCACUCCUCUCCAGACAGAGAAGAGCAAGACACUGUCUCAGCAAUUGCCUUAAUCAUGGCCUCAUUCUCCAGCAGCAGCUUCGUAUCUUCCGGUGGCUCCCAGAAGAUUGCCUACUCGGGCCUCUCAAGCGCCUCCAUGUCUGGAGGAAGCACCAGAAUUAGCACCAAAAGACCCCCUAGUGUGUAUGGUGGUGCAGGUGGUCAAGGGGUGCGCAUCUCCAGCUCUGCGAGCUCCAUCGGAGGCUAUGGCUUUGGUAGCGGAUCCUUUAAUCUGGGACAAGGCCUUGAUUUGUACCUGGGUGGCCAUGAGAAGACCACCAUGCAAAACCUGAAUGACCGUUUGGCCUCGUACCUGGAGAAGGUGCGCUCCCUGGAGAAGGCCAAUUCUGAGCUGGAGCUGAAGAUCCACAAGUUCCUGGAGAGCAAGACAUCCCCUGCUGCUCAUGACACCACUGCCUAUGAGGUCACUCUUCAUGACCUACAGAAUAAGAUCCAAAGUGCUACUCAAAGAAAUGGAAGCAUCAUUAUCUCCUUGGACAAUGCAAAGCUGGCUGCAGAUGACUUCAGAAACAAGUAUGAGAGUGAGCUGACCAUGAGGCUGUCAGUGGAGGCAGAUGUCACCGGUCUUAAGAAAGCAUUAGAUGACUUGACUUUGGCCAGAUCAGACCUGGAGAUGCAGGUUGAAGGUCUGAAGGAGGAACUUGUUUUCCUCAAGAAGAGCCAUGAAGAGAAUCUGCUUGCCGAAAAGAGCCAGAUGAGUGGUCAAGUUCAUGUGGAGGUGGAUGCUGCACCACAAGAAGACCUCAGCAAAGUUAUGACAGAGAUUCGUGAGCAAUACGAGUCCAUUGUAGCCAAAAACCAAAAAGAGCUUGAGGCCUGGUUCCAAUCUAAGACAGAAGUGCUGAAGAAGGAGGUGGCAACCCAUACAGAGAGUCUGCAGAUGCACAGAUCAGAUAUCACCGAAUCAAAGCGCAUCGUAGAAAGCCUUGAAAUUGAGCUGCAGUCACAGCUGAGCCUGAAAGCAUCCCUAGAAAGCCAGCUGGAUGAUUUGGAGGCCAACUACUCCAUGCAGCUAGCUGGCUACCAGGUGCAAGUAAGCACUCUGGAGGAGCAACUGGCUCAGCUUCGUGCCGACCUGGAACGUCAAAGCAAGGAGUAUAACAUGCUGCUGGACGUUAAGACACGGCUAGAGAUGGAAAUUGCUGAGUACAGGAGGCUGCUGGAUGGGGAGGCUGCAGUUAUGCAAUCAACCAAACACACCACACGCAAGGUGGUAACAAUAGUGGAAGAGGUGGUGGAUGGAAAAGUGGUCAGCUCUACUAGCAGUACAGUGAGCACAAGCGAAUAAGGUGCUCAUCGCCAGUCAAGGAACAUCUCCAUCUUUACCUGAGUUGAUCAAAAUCAGCAAAUUAAUACAAUAAAUCUUGGGAGAUAUUUAA